GCACUCGAUCGUCUUAUCAAAAUAAUUUAAUUACUCACCAGACGGGCAGUUUUUUACGUGAUUGGAAGUGCAAAAACUGGAAAACUUAUUGCUGUAACGUGAUUCACUACGAUGGCUUUAAUCAACAUCGAUGGAGAUCCUUGGUUAACCGAACUGGAUGCUUGCGAAAACUUGAGCAAUGAAAUACAGUCCCAACUAGCAGCACGCAAUCGAGAAAACAAGCUAUCGCGCGAAUAUGGUGUCUUAUCGGGUACCGUACGUGUGCGCCUGAAGCAGCUUGGCGGAGAGCUUGAACAGCUUAAUCGGAAACUCGGUCUCAUUUCGGGAACGCUUACGUCGGGCGAGGCAGAGCGAAGGCAACGCAAAAUCGAAGCCUUACAAACAAAGAUGAUUCAGUUGCAGCGCCAGUUCACAAACGUGAAUCCCUCAUCCGAACGCACCGACCUGUUUCAAACGUCCAACAGUCGAGGGGUAACGUUCGCCCAAGACGACGACGACGAUGAUCCAGCGCUGAUUGCAUCGAGCAGCAGCUAUACGGUCGCUGAUCUGCGUGCCCAGCAAACCCGCAUCCUAGAGGAUCAAAACGAAGGGCUUGAGGCACUGUCACAGGUGAUCGCACGGCAAAAGGUAUUGGCAACCCAGAUCGGUGGCGAAGUGGAUCUUCACAACGAAAUCCUUGACGAUUUGGCCCAAACGAUGGAAACAACGGACAGUCGGAUGAAUCGUGAAACCCGAAACAUAGGGACAAUUACCACGCAGGAUUCGACGUGGAGCUACUGGAUCGUUAUAGGUCUCCUUUUUGUUGCAAUUAUAAUUGCGGCUGUGCUUUGAACCGUUGUUUGUAUAGGUUUACGGGAACCCGACGGCUGUUUGUGCCGAUCUAUUUGUAUAACCAAAUAUACUUAUUCCACUAACAUUUUAGAUUAUCCUUAAACAUCACUCAAGCAUUGAAAUAUAUAUAUAU